AUGAAAUUCGGUCAACAACUUCGCCAGUCCCUUAUCAAGGACUACUACUGGCACUACAUAUCCUACGAUGAACUGAAAGAUGCCCUAAAAAAGCCCUACAUCUCGGGCAAGAGCGGCGAGCGAGAACCAUGGACAGACGACGAUGAAGCCGCCUUCAUUCACCAACUCGAGGCCGAACUAGACAAGGUUUUCACCUUCCAGAAACUCAAGAGCCAGGAAAUAGUCUCUCGCAUAAGGGCGAGUGAGGCAGAGGUCACACAGGUCGUCCAGCGCCAGGCUCAACAAAACAAUAGAGAUGCGGAAACCGACGAUGACCUCGAGUCCGACUUUGAGCUUUUGGAGAUCGAUCUGAGCGAUAUUAUCGCCGAUGUUCAUGAUUUGGCAAGGUAUACUCAGCUGAAUUAUACUGGCUUCCAGAAAAUCGUCAAGAAGCAUGACAAGCAGACAAAUGUCUACCUACGUCCCUCUUUUGCUACCAGACUGAAAGCCAAACCCUUCUUCCAAGAUAACUACGACGCAUUCAUCGUCACUCUCUCCAAGCUCUACGAUCUGGUCCGUACCCGAGGCAACCCCGUCAAAGGCGACAGUGCGGCCGGAGGUGGUCAACAAAACUUUGUGCGCCAAACCACAAAAUACUGGGUCCAUCCAGACAACAUCACCGAGUUGAAGCUCAUCAUUCUCAAGCAUUUACCCGUCUUGGUUUUUAACGCUAGUAAGGAGUUUGAAGAGAAGGAUUCGGCCAUUUCCUCCAUAUACUAUGACAACACAGACACUUGGGAAUUGUAUGAGGGUCGUCUGAAGAAGACCGAAGGUGCCGAGGCAAUCCGUCUACGUUGGUAUGGAGGCAUGGAAAAUGAGACUAUUUUCGUGGAGAGGAAGACUCACCGUGAAGAUUGGACGGGUGAGAAGUCUGUCAAAGCAAGAUUCACCCUCAAAGAAAAGAAUGUCAAUGCUUUCAUGACUGGUAAAUUUACCGUCGAGGAAGCCUUUGCCAAAAUGCGAAAGGAAGGAAAGAAAAGCAUCAAGGAAAUCGAGGAUCUCGAACAACUCGCUCGAGAGAUCCAGUAUCGAGUCAUCACUCGCAGAUUGGUACCUGUCACCAGAUCAUUCUACCACAGAACUGCCUUUCAGCUUCCGGGUGAUGCUCGCGUCCGUAUCUCUCUCGAUACUGAAUUGACCAUGACUCGAGAAGAUAACCUGGACGGCAGAAAGAGAGCCGGAGACAACUGGAGACGCAUGGAUAUCGGGAUUGAUUGGCCCUUUUCGCAACUACCUCCCGAGGAUGUCGAACUCUUUCCAUACGCUGUACUCGAGGUCAAGCUACAAACACAGGCCGGCCAAGAACCCCCUCAAUGGGUCCGUGACCUAACUGCCAGCCAUUUGGUCGAAGCAGUUCCCAAGUUUUCAAAGUUCAUCCACGGCACUGCCACCAUGUUCCCUAGAAGGAUAGACCUUCUUCCUUUCUGGAUGCCCCAGAUGGAUGUGGAUAUUCGGAAACCCAUUACUCAUCGUUUCGGUAUCGAGAGACCUGCCAACACAGCAAGCUACUCCACUAGUGAUGUCGACGACUCGGAUGACGAUGAUGAAGAAGAGUUGGAAGGCGGUCAAUCAACGGGCAGGACAACCCCACAUGCAAACGGAUCGAAUGAGGGUGGGGGUGGUGAUGAAGCCACUCGAAGAUUGAAUGCUGCUCGACGCGCCUUGGACGAGCAUAGUCGCGCUCAACAACGGGAUGACGAGCGUGAUCAGCAGGCUGCAGCCAGAAAUUCAUUGGAUGAGGAAGAACGCGUUUCCGCCUUGCCACUGGCGGAUGAUGAAUACAUCUACGAUUCAGACGAUGAUGAUGACAGAUCUACUGACGAGCUCGAGGAGGCUCGACGAUCUGGCUCAUGGAAAUUCUACCCUCUCGUACUGAAACAUCAUGUCCAACAGGGUACAGAGGUGUUCUUCAAUGCUCUACACAAGAUCUCACUCCCAACAACCACCCGUCUCCCCCAAAACGGAAGUAUUGGGGGCGUCAAUCCACAAGGUGGUCCAAUUGCCACAGUCAAAAGGUUCAAAGCACCCAAGGGAAAGCGUAUCCACGUUCCCGUCCGUGUUGAACCUAAAGUCUACUUCGCCGCGGAGCGCACCUUCCUCAGUUGGCUCGAGUUCAGCAUCAUCCUUGGUUCAAUCGCAGCAACCUUGCUCAAUUUCGGUGACAGUGUCUCUUUGUACUCGGCUUGGGGCUUUACGAUCGUUGCAUGUGCCGCCCUGAUCUAUAGUGUAGUGAUAUAUUGGUUGAGAGUCCAGAUGAUUAGGAAACGGAGGGCAAGCAUCAGUCGCUAUUAUGACAAGUGGGGCACUUCAGGUCUGUGUGCUGGUUUAUUUGCCGCAACUGCAGUCAGUUUUUUCUUUCGCAUCAGGGAGGAUGGGUGGUUUGUGCAACCGGAAACGAUACCUACUGAGCUAUGA